AUGCGUAAAGGCGUAGAAUAUCUCAUAUCGAAUUGCAUUGAAUGUAUUCUCGUGAACAAAAAGCGAGGUAAAAGUGAAGGAUUAUUAAACCUCAUUCCAAAAGACGAUGUACCUUUCAGUACAUACCACGUUGACUUUUUAGGACCCCUGCCUUCGACUAAUAAAAAAUACAACCACAUUCUUACAGUAGUCGAUGCAUUCACAAAAUUUACUUGGAUCUAUCCUGUUAAAUCUACAUCUUCACAAAACGCCAUAGAGAAACUCAAACAACAAGAAAUAGCAUUCGGAAAUCCAAAUCGGAUCGUAACAGAUAAAGGCAGUGCAUUCGCAUCUAAAGAGUUUCAAGAAUAUUGUGACACUGAAAAAAUUCAACAUUUAAGUAUUACAACCGGAAUUCCCCGCGGUAAUGGACAAGUGGAAAAAAAUCAUGGUACAAUUAUUCCAGUUUUAGCCAAACUUUCUAUUGAUGACACUACCAAAUGGUUCAAAUUCGUCCCCGCAGUCCAAAAGACACUUAACUCUACAGUUUCAAGGAGUACACAAAGAACACCUUUUGAGCUUUUAGCAGGAGUAAAGCUCAGAACCAAACAAGAUUUACAAAUCCUUGAGCUUCUCGAACAGGAGAACAUCAACUCUUUUAUAACUGAUCGUGAGAAUAUCCGAGAUGAUGCCAAAAAGAACAUCCUAAAAAUCCAAGAGGAGAAUCGACGUACUUACAAUAAGAACCGAAAAACUGCUCAUCAGUAUAAAAAAGGUGAUUUGGUGGCAAUACGAAGGACCCAGUUUGGAACUGGCUUAAAACUGCGACCAAAAUUUUUUGGCCCAUAUGAAGUGCUACAAGUCAAGCCUAAAGCCUAUGAUGUUAAAAAAGUUUUUCUUCAAAUUCCCUCUCCGCUUUGGCCAGCUGGAAGUGUCAGGACGGCCUGUAGUAUGAGCCACUAUGCUACUCCCUCUACCUCACCGGCAGAUGGCAGUAGUGUUCCAACUAGAAAUAUAAGUGAGGCAAACGGCAGAAGAGAGACACUUGCUGCGAGAGUGUGUGAGCUUCGAAGUUGA